AACCAAGAAGAUAAUUUCUCCGUGUGCCCAGUGUCAGAUGGUGCAAAAUUCGAUAAACCAUCGUGCAUUAAUUCUCCCAUUUUAGUUGAAAUAUUAAGUGAAUCUGAUGGUUGUCGUGUGACAACUUCUCUUUGCCAAACCGAAGAUCCUAAAGAAAAUACUAUGAUGGAACUUCAGUGUUAUGUAAUGGAUGUUAAACAGUUUGAUUUUAAUCAUAUUAUUAUGUCGGAAAAGGAGGAGUCUGAAAAAAAAACUAUGAUGAUUGGAUAG